AGCCACUUCUCCAAGUACUGAGUUGCAGGGUUUUUAGACAUCCACUCUGAUUGGGCCACAUGAGCACGCCUGUCUAAAGAGAAAGCAAGACUGCACUGAACAAUCAGAGCUGGGGCCACAGUAACUUCAGGACACAGCACUGACAGGGGCACCGAAAGCUUUGUGUCCCAGGAAACCAGCUCCAACAGCCUCCCAGCUCUUGCUCCUCUCCGGCACAGGCAUGUCCCUGUCUCCCCGCAGCCUGGCAUCUUUAGCAUUCUCCCCUCAUUGCCGCUGAGCAAUUGUAGCCGCUAAAAGGAGCUGAUCACAGCAGCUUUUCAUUGCAUCGCUGCUGCUCUUCCCCACUUCUGGAUCAUUUCCCCAGAGGGUUCAGCAACUCCGGGUGCCUGUAGGAUAAGGAAUCGUCCUCUGGGAAGUGACAGGAUUUCCCACGAAGCCGGAGCGGAGUAGGAGUGCACCUGGGAGCUGGCUCCUUGCUGCUAGAACAAGAAGUGGGGACUCUUUGCUUGCUUCCCCCAAGAGAUAUUUUUUUCCCUUCCUUUUCCAGUUAAUUUGAAUGAAAGAGCAAGUGACUGAAACCACCUGGCUCCCACCCUCCUCUCCUGGUUCUUCUUUGCAGCGGCUCCUUUUUCCCCUGGCUCCUGAGAGACAAUGGAGCUUUUCAAGCUGAGCCUGAGUUGUAUCUGCCUCCUGCCUUGGCUACAGGUAUCGGAGGGGCAAAGCUUCCUCAUAAAGAACAUCCGGUUGGAAAAAUGCAUUCACAUCACCCACCACGAGAGCAUCGGGAUUGGCCUGGCUGAUUGCAAGCUCCACUCUCAGCAGCAGCAGUGGAGCUGGGACCCCAGCACCAAGUCCAUUGUCAGCCUUAAAACCAAACAAUGCCUGACUGUCCACAAGCCGCAGGACUUUGCACUGGCCAGGCUGGAGCCAUGUGGGGACAGGGAGCAUCAGGCCUGGGCUUGCAGCAAGAAGGGUCACUUGACCUUGCAAGGUCUGGGCUUGCACCUCAAUACAAAGCAAGGAAGUCACAAGGUCUUUGUGUCAAGGGAGAAGGACAAGUUCAGCAAGUGGAAGACCCUGACGGAUGAACCCAUCUGUGCCGUUGGCCUGAUGGCGGUUCCUGGGCUGGCUGACCCGAUCCAGAGCACUGCCAGCGGGCUGCUGUGGCCUCACGAAACUAAAAUCAUCAGUUCUUCACCAAAGACCCAUGUCCCCUCGAGGGCUUUUCCUAUGGAGUCUGCUACCCCAAGUCUGGCCAAUAACCUGAACAGCACAGUCUCUGCACUGGAGAGCAAACCGAUGCAUUUAAAAACGAAGGAUGCACAGGCCACUAAUUUGAGUAUCUCUGCUCCUUCCCUCAUAGAGGGGCACAGAGGGAAGCAGCACGGCCACCGAGGGAAAGCGGCUGGACCUCGGCAAGGAGGCACCAACUGGAAGACGGCCAUGCUGGUCCUCAGCCCCUUAGCUUUUAUACUGGGGCUAAUUAUACUGAUGCUGAACGUCCAUUAUAACAAGAAGAAGAAGAUCCUCAACGCAUUGAAGCCCUACCCAGAGGACAGCAGUACAGCGGACUCAAAAGAGCGAUCUUCAUGUUUGGGGCCAGCAGGCACACGGCAGUACGAUGUUCCAGCCUCUCGCUCCCCUUCCUUGAGGCAUGGGGAGAUCCUGAUCGAGUGGAAGGAUGGGACCGUCACUCCUCUUUUUGACCAUGCCAAAUAUCAAAUAGAUUAACUGAAAUAAUGGAGCCAACAACGAUGCCCUCCAAUAA